UGGACAUAUUAAAAAACCUGACAUCAAAAGUUGAUAAAAUAUUUGAAAAACUACCUUUAAUGGAAGAGAAACUUGACAACAUGUCCUCCACCAUACAAUAUCUCUGUAGUCAAAUUCCUCGGACACCGGAUAAUGCUUCGGAUAAGGACAAAAAGACAAAUCCGAAGAAAACGACAAGAGUUAAAGAAAGAUACACAUCAAGACCAGCGACUUCCAAUGAGGAGGAUAGUGAUUUCCACGUUGAAGUUCUAAAAGACGAACAUAAGCUUUUGAUGGACAAUAUAACACUUCAAGACAAUAUGUUAGACCUACUCGUCGAGAACGAAGCUAUUUAUCAAUCUGACAGCGAAGAAAUCAUGUCGUUUUCAAACAGAUCCGAACGUGUGCGAUGUCUGCUACUUAUACUAUCUAGAAAUGAUAAUACGAAGUUUAUGGGUUCUAUAGAGGCAUUGAAACAGGAAAAACGAGAGGAUCUAGCCAAUAUCUUGCUUUUGGGAUAUGAAAAAUACAGAAAUGGAAAAACUGGGUGUAAACCCAAAUGUGUUCACUGCAAAAUCAAAUCAAGGGUCGACCUUAAAAAAGUUAUUGACAAUCUAUAUCAGGAACGAGUGAUUGAUUAUUCGUUCCUAGAGAGAGUAAAUAAAUCAAAACUUUGCGCAAGAAAAAUAUUAUGGGACGAAUGUUUUUACAUUAUAAGAAAAAGUGGAAAAGCAGACUUUUUUCCCAGUGUUUAAAAGAAAAAUAUAAUGGAUAUGAUUUUUCAACUGGUAACUAUUUUAUAUGCACGUGUCAGAAUCAAAAGUUACAGAAUUGUGAUAAAUACGAUAGGGAAUCAACAGGUAAUCUAGGUGAUAUAAGCGUAUCGUCCUCUCCCCAUCCCCAAUCUCCCAAAUUCACUAUGGAGGACACUUUUAGCAGUGUUAGCUCGCUUAACAGUGGAAGUCAUGGAAGUUCACCGGCUGGUGCUCCGUCCCCAAGUAGUGAAGGUGGUAUUAUUAAAAGUAAUACCUCGAUCAGCAGUAAAACUUAUGGAAGGUCAGAGACUGAUGCAAUGUCCAAAGAUAUUAAAGGUGGUCCCGUUAGAAGUAAGAGCAUGAUAGAUAGUACAACUCUUAAAAAGUCAUCGGCUGAUACUCUCUCCCCAAAUAUUGAAGGUGGUCAAGUAAGAAGUAAUAGUUGGAUAAACAGUGCAACUCAUGGAAAGGUUUCGGCUGAUGCUCCGACACAAAAUACUGAAGGAGGUACUGUAAAAAUUAAUAGCAAGGUAAACAGUACAUCUCGUGAAAAAUCGGUUGUUGCUCUGUCCCCAAAUGUUGAAGGUGGCCCUGUAAGAAGUAAAAGUUCGAUAAAGAGUACAACUAGUGGAAAGGUUUUGGCUGAUGCUCCGUCACAAAAUACUGAAGGGGGUAUUGUAAAAAGUAAUAGCAAGGUAAACAGUACAUCUCGUGGAAAAUCUGGUCCCGGGGAA